UAGAGAGGAAGAGGCGCAGCGAAAGUGUCCACUUUCGUCAAAAUCUGUCCAAGCGAUAAGCAGACCGAUAAGCAUACCGCUUGCCUUCCCGAUUUUGCGACAACGACUCCAAUUGUUAGGGCGGAAACAAGACAAUAUUUUCAUUAUUAUACAGUGUCUUUGUCGCUAACGGGGAACUACGGCACGUGGGGGCGGAUUACCGAACAUUUUUUGUGUAACCCUGAUGGUACAUAAGCAGGUAGUGUGAUAACUUGCAUAUCAAUGUUGCGGUGGGUUACCGGGAGUUUGGUGCAUGUUAUUCUGCAUGUCAAUUAAGAGUAGAUCGGGGCAUUUCAUUUUAUGUCCGGCAGUCAUUGAAUGAGGUGUCUGAUGCCUACAGUCAGAUAGCGCACGUCGUGGACUUAAACUACUUGCAAUAGAGUUGUGUUUCAUAAGGAAUUUAGUUGUCGGGAUUGUCUUUAAUUGGCAUGGACAUAUCUUAGUCGUGUGUCUAUUAUAAAUUUAUUGCUAUAGGCUUUGUCAUAAUAUGCAGAAUAACGGUUCGGAAAUAAAGGUUCUCUCUCGUCACAUUUAGCCUAUGUGUAAAUUUUAGUAAUAUUAUCUGUUAGUAAUAUUAGCAUAAUAGCCCAUAAGGUAAUUUAAAUUGUUAAGUGAGAGUUAGACUACUAGCCUACACGUUAAAAUGGGAGUGGGGUUCGAAAAUACAGCAUCCACCACCAAGCUAUCCAUUCGCCAUGGGGUUUACAAAGAGGAGACAAAUAUCGCUCUGAAAGCACCCUUAAACGUAGAGGCUAUGUUACCAAAGAAAGUGGGGCACGCGACUGCAGAAAGAUCCACCUGGGGUCGCCGCCUUGAGUUUGUCCUUGCAUCGGUGGGGUACGCGGUUGGACUUGGGAACGUGUGGCGGUUUCCAUACCUCUGCUACAGGAGCGGUGGAGGUGCCUUUCUCAUUCCUUACUUUCUCAUGCUGUUUCUGUGUGGCAUCCCCCUGCUCUUCAUGGAGUUUGCCAUUGGGCAGUACACCCGUCUGGGACCAGUGCACGCUCUAGCCAAAAUCUGCCCGUUGUUCAAAGGUGUGGGAAUUGCCACAGUCGUGAUCUCCUUUGUGCUCUGCACCUACUACAACGUUCUCAUGAGCUGGGCGCUCUACUACUUCUUCAACUCAUUCCAAGCCAACUUCCCCUGGCAGUCCUGCAACAAUACCUGGAAUGCCGUAGGUAACUGCUCCAUCGGUUUCCCUGGCAAUGCCACCCACCUGCAUUCGGCCAGUCAGCAAUACUUUGAUCACAGACUUCUGGAGAUAACCAAUGGUAUUGAGGAGGCAGGAGGACUACGCUGGGAGCUGUUUGGCAUCCUUAUCCUGGCCUGGGUCAUUGUCUACUUGUGCAUCUUCAAAGGCGUCAAAUCCACUGGCAAGGUUGUUUAUUUCACUGCCACGUUCCCAUACUUCAUUCUGUUCGUCUUGCUCAUCAAUAAUGUCCAGCUUCCUGGAGCCAAGAAUGGGCUGCUCUACUUCCUGAAGCCUAAGUGGAGCAAGCUGCUUGAAGUUCAGGUUUGGAUUAACGCUGCAGCCCAGGUAUUCAACUCCAUUGGAAUAGGAUUUGGCACCAUGAUCUCCAUGGCCAGUUACAACAAGUUCAACAAUAACAUCCUCAGGGACACGUUGAUUGUCUCCUUAGCUAACUCCGCCACCAGUAUCCUGGCUGGCGUUGUGAUAUUUUCAGCCAUUGGCUACAUGGCUCAUAUCCACAACCUCUCAGUAGACAACAUCGCCACAGAUGGUCCUGGGUUGGUGUUUGUGGUGUAUCCAGAGGUCUUCUCCACUAUGCCUCUGCCCCAGUUGUGGGCUCCUCUGUUCUUCUUAAUGCUUCUCUGCCUGGGACUGGACAGUCAGUUUGCCAUGGUGGAGGUGGCGGUGACGUCCAUAAUGGACGGCUGUGGCCCCAAGGUGCUGCGUGUCCUGAAGAGACAGGAGAUCAUCGUUCUGGCUGUCUGUGUUAUCGGCUUUCUUCUAGGCAUUCCUCACAUCACUAAGGGGGGCAUGUAUGUGUUCCAGCUGAUGGACCACUACACUGCUGUGGUGUCUCUCAUGUUCCUGGCCUUCUUUGAGGUCCUCGCUGUCUGCUGGGUUUUUGGACUGCGGCGGAUGACCAUCAUGGUCAAGAGGAUGUUGGGAAAGGCUCCCAACAUCUAUUUCUGCUCCUGCUGGAUGUUCUUCUCCCCUGUGCUGGUCCUGUGCAUUCUGAUCUCCAGCAUCGUCCAGUACACACCAGCUCGCUAUGGGAAGUCAUACACAUACCCUGUCUGGGCAGAGGUGGUGGGCUGGGGAAUCUCCCUGGUCUCCAUCAUUUGGAUCCCCCUGGGAGCCCUGCAAGAGAUCUGCAGAAAUAAGGGCACACUGAUGCAGAGGAUAAAAACAGCCAUGACUCCUACAAUAGAGUUGGACCCUGUCAACCAUUUACCAGAGAAGCAGAGAGUGGACAUACCGGAGUCUGUUGACUUUAUCAGUCCUCCGUGAACAGGGACAAAACCACUGUGUCUAGGUGCGUGAGUGCGUGAGUCACUGUGACUGUGUGUGAGUGCUCUAUUAGGAUGGGGAGGUGGGGGCUGUUGGGUAGUUUAUGUAAAUAACUUUUUCAUGUAUUUACCGUAAUAUUUAUUCUAUGAAUCACUGAUACAUGACACCUAACCUAUAGUGAAAUAGACAGGGAUUGAGCAAGUUAAAAUAUUCCUUGAUAGGAAAACAGUCAACGUAAAACAGUAGGUUAUGGACCUCAAAGAUGUACUUCAAGUGCCAUGACAUGUCCUUGCCUUGAAGCACUUUAUUGCAGGGGUGAAAGUAGAUUUUUCUUACCGGUACUGGACACCCAAGUGCUCACACACAUUUUUUUUUAUACUACUAAAAGGGUAGCCUACUUUACUGACACUGACAAACAUAUGAAUAAAAACGAUGUUGUCUGAUUCAUAUAAUCGGCCAACGAAAAAGAGGAAGACAAAUACAAUAUGACGUCCAUCUAACCUGAAGGAGGAAAUUAUUGUCCAAAAACAAAAAGUGCCAUUGAACCAAUGAUAAAGAAAGUGAAUAUGCACACUCAUCGGGGAUAUGGCUGAUGUUCUCCGCUGGUACCAAUAAGAUAGGCUACUGUUCGCUCAAUUAAGUUAAGAAUUUUGAUAACUAAAAGACAGAUUGGAGUCUUUUCAUUGUCAGGUCUUUACAGCAAUAGCUAUUUGCUUUCCAAACAGUUUUUCCGUGAUUGUAUUUUUAAAUAUUGCGAUAUGCCUGGCUGGGUCUCUGCUUUUCACUGACAGUCGCAACUCCACAAUCAUCUAGCCUAUUUGGUAUUUCCAGCGCCCGCUGCCCAAAUUGUAUGCCCUUCCGACUGUAAGCUAUGUGAUUUAAAACAAUAAACAGAUUUUUUUAUUUUUUAUUGGAGCAUAUACCACCCAGUUUCAAGUCAAUUCACUAAUUUUUCAUGCGGCUGACAUGCAGUAAUGUUAAAUAAUGGUGUAAUAGCCUAUAGUUUUUGGGGCAUGUUGUAUUAAUUGUGAUAGGCUCACGUUUUACUGGUACGGCGUACCCCCACUAUUUAUUUUGCCAGGACGUUAUACUGGACCGUACCGCCUUACUUCCACCCCUGAUUAUGAUAUGGUAAACAUAAUCAUAAUCAUAAUCAUCAUGUCACAAGACUAUGAGCUCCGGAGGACAACUCGUCCCUCUGGUAAUCUCUUCAACCAACUCCUCUCCCCCUGGACCUAACAUAUUGUGUCUCCCAACUUAAAUUGACAAACAGUUUUCACCAAAUGUAAACACAAAUGUAGCCAAGACACACACAAGCAAUAGCCUCCUAUAGCGGCAUAUUUCAUAUCACAAAAUGACACUGCUCACUCAACUCAGCUCAGCCUUAGACCGAUGUAGCAUCCACAGUUACAACCAAUAGGUGGCACUAAAAGACCAAUAUAUGGACACAUUUCAUCUGAAUGGUUUGCAACGCAAACUCCAUAGCCUUUCACAAUGAUUUAUAAUUCUUCCAAUGCAAUGCGCGAGUCUUGCACAAACACCCAUAAUAAUAUUACUAUUUGAAAUAUUAUUACACACACAUAAUGCAUUUCCAUAUCAACAAUUGAAAUGACUAAAAAAUGCAGUCUCAUAAAAAAAGAAUUCUAGGUUGAUAAAUCAAAUGCAUUAAAGGGAGGUUGUCUAUUCUCUUGUUUUUAUUUUACCAGGUAAGUUGACUGAGAACACAUUCUCAUUUACGCAACGACCUGGGGAAUAGUUACAGGGGAGAGGAGGGGGGAUAAAUGAUCCAAUUGGAAGCUGGGGAUGAUUUAGGUGUGAUUGGUAAGAUGUUUCCACCUUUUAAUGGGGUGAUUGUUGUCUAAUCGAGUGGAUGGUAUGGGGCCAGAUUGGGAAUUUAGCCAGCCAUGUUCAUUCAACAGUAGCCUAAACCGCAAAUUGCAAAGGAAAAUGAAUUUAGGCCUACCUUUACUUGUAAAUGAAGUCCAUUCGUUGUCCUUUAGGGUGAACCACUCAGUGAUUGUUUGAGGUGCAGUAUAGUGUCCAUUGUCAGGUUGUUUUUGCUAGUUAGCUUCGUUCAGUUCAAGGAAUGCGAGUGCCAAAUUAUGUAGACGCCCAAAUGUGCAGAGCUUUCCCCAGGCUUACCCACACAACAUGUUUAGGCAAUAUGCAUGCUCAAAAUAUGAAAUCCGCUCAAUGCAACAAAUGAUGGCCAGGCAAAGCAGUGAGAAAACAAACCUUUUCCCUUUCACCAGACAGAGUUCAUGGACUAAGGUCCACAUUGAAUCAACAUCGCCACCUUGUGGCCAUUUCAAAGUUUUUACUCACACCGUGAGGUCAGUUGGGGCUCAUGUGAAUAUUGAUCUCUGCGAUUGACUGGACAACCAGGCUAGUCUAAUAUAGGAAGAUGCAUAUGAUCUUUGUUCAAACAAUAUACAUUCCUCUCCUAGAGAGAUGUAUACAAUUAGAUGUAUAUAGGUUAAAUGUGAGGAGGCAACACUGCAGUGUCAUUGCCAUGACAUCUGUUAGUGGGGAGAGUCCAGUGUUCUGACACCAUUCAUCAGCUUUUUUACACUUGAAUGGACAUUGAAGUGUAAUUGACGUUUUGGGGUUCUGGGUGGAGUUUUAUAUUUGACUUGCUCUGCCAUAGUUUGGGCCUCAGUCGUGUGUCUUCAUGUUUGUUACAACAAUUACAAUUUGAGCUCAGCUUUACCAGGAGUGCCUUUUGUCAUUAAAAGAUCCAAUGAUAUUGGAAUUGUCAUUGGACUAUCGGACUGAAAGGCUCAAAGAAAUAAAUAUGAUUAGAUGGUCAAAUGUAUGAAAUAAAUACAAUGGGGUUUCUUUUGAGGGUUCACAAAUAUGUGACUAAGUGAAGAUACGUUUGCCACCUGCCUCAAGUGCCAUGUAUCAAAAAUAUAGAUUUUGGAUGAUCAAUAUUUAAUGAAAAUACCAAAAUAUAUAAAUAUAUCAUAGAGAUGAUCACCAACCCAUCUUAAGGAUCAUUAAAAAAAUUCACAAAAUUCUAAUUUAAAGUGUUUACAAGAUCAAAUCCACGUUUAGUGAGCUGUUUAGAGUGCAUUUUGUGUCUGUUUGCCAAACAGCAUUUAGUUUUGACUAAUUAGUUUAAAUGACAAUCGUCUAUAUUUCUACCAAACCACAAUAAGAGGUUAAAAAGAUAAUCAUGCCUAAUACACUUUUGUUAUUCUAUGCAAUUGUAUGGUUUGUCUUAUUUUAUAUGUGCUGUAAUAUUACCUCACAUUUUAUUUGCCACAUGCGCCGAAUACAACAGGGGUAGACCUUACAGUGAAAUGCUUACAUACAAGCCCUUA